UCCUCGGCCGUCGCGGGAGGUGUGAGCAGCAACCGCGUGAGCAGUCCAUCGGCGGCGGCCGAACGCACGGCGGUGAGGAGUGGGUGCUCUGUCGCCACCAGGUGCGCCUCGCUCUGCGCGGGGCGCUUGGCAGCGCGCUCAGGCGGGCCAAGGGCGAGGAGCGCAUCAUGGCUAGAGCACAGCGCGUGCAGCUCCGCCACGGCGCGCGUGCAGUCGGCGUGGUCGGCGCACUCUUCCAGCCGCUGCAAAGCACGGGCCGUGCCCAGGCAAGGGUCCAACCUCGCCGCGCGCUCCAGCGCCAAACGCUGCACACGAGCCCAGCCAGAGGCGUCGCUGGCGGCGUCGGCGGUGCCUCCGCCGACCGCGGCACCAGCGUCGGCGCUGGCAUCGACCUCGUCGCCCGAGUCACCGUCUGUGGCGAAACGAAGAGGCGCAGCGGGAACACUUUGACGGCCUCCGCCGCCUGCGCCUUCGACGGCAUCGACUUGAGCGUGCCCGCCGCCCGCGGCGUCUUCGUUACCAAUGCCGAGCGCGGCGCGCAACGCAGCGCGGCUUGCGAGGGCACGUCGCACCGCAUCGUCGGGCGGCGACAGCGGCGUCCAACUGCUGCCGCCGCCGCCGCCGUCGCCGUGGCCUAGCGACGGCGCUGACGGCGGCGCAGGAAGCGCGGCUUGCACCAAGGGCAGCAGCGCCGCAAACGAGGCGCGCCAGCUGUCGCUCUGGGGAGGCCGCGAGUCGAGUGUUUGCCGCGCCGAGAGGAGCAGCG